CGGGACUUGCUUACCUCGCAAGCAGUCGCAAGGGGAAAGAGGAAGAAGAACUAACCAUGUCCAUGCAGGUGAGGCCUCUUAGCAAUAAUGGAGACGACGGCAGGAGCACCGGCGUCGAGCACGAGCUCAUGGAGAAGCUGAGGUUGCGAGGCGAGGCCUCGUCGGUGAAAUGCACCAGGCAGGAGCAGCGGUGGCAGUCUGAUCAUGGCAUCGCCGACGCCCGCGAGAGGUUCAUGCUGGCGUACGGCCGGCUCAGGGACGACCUCGUCGGCGACGACUCGUGUGACCUCACCGACGAAGCCAGGAGCUGGCUUGCUCAGAUGAUCGACUACAACGUACCUGGAGGGAAGUUGAACCGAGGGCUGUCAGUGAUAGACAGUUACUUGCUGUUAAAACAAGGAAGUGAGGUUACUGAAGAUGACUUUUUCCUUGCUUGUGUGCUUGGUUGGUGUGUAGAAUGGUUCCAAGCAUGUGCACUACUACUUGAUGAUAUCAUGGACGAUUCAUAUACCAGGAGAGAUCAGAUUUGCUGGUACCGGCGACCUGAGGUUGGCCUCAGGGGUAUAAACGAUGGAAUUCUACUAAAAUGUCACAUCCUGAUACUGAUAAAAAAGUAUUUCAGAGAAAAGCCUUACUUUCUUGAUCUCCUGGAACUAUGGAACGAGAUAGCUCUGCAGACUUCUCUGGGGCAGAUGCUUGACCUUAUUGGCACGCACACUGGAGCAGAUGAUCUUGCAAAAUACAGCAUCCAAGGCUACCGUCGCAUUGUUAAGUACAAGACAGCCUACUACUCCUUUUACCUUCCUGUGGCCAAUGCUUUGCUCUUAUCUGGUGCAAAACUUGAACACUUCAAUGGUCUAAAGGAUAUACUUAUUGAGAUGGGCAUAUAUUUUCAGAUACAGGAUGACUACCUGGACUGUUUUGCUGACCCCAACACCAUAGGCAAGAUGGGAACUGACAUCGAAGAUCAUAAGUGCUCCUGGUUAAUAGUGGAGGCUCUGGGUCAUGCUAACAGCAAUCAAAUAGAAGUAUUACAUGUAAGUAAGAACUAUGGGAAGAAGGAUUCAAGGUCUGUUUCUGAAGUAAAGAGGACAUACGCAGCGCUUGAUUUGAAAGAUAUCUUCUCCGAGUUUGAACGUCGAUGCUACAACCACCUGGUCACCUCAAUCGAAGAUCAGAAAGACCGUGCAGCACGGGAGAUUCUGAAAUCAUUUCUGAAGAAAAUUCAUCAAAGGAAGAAGUAGUUAAUAAGUUGUAAAACAAUUGUGACCAGCAUGAGCUUCUGGUAACAUUAAAAAGGAUCAAAAUCUAUCUCUCCCAUAAGAUAUAAUAAUGCCAUGUUAUCAACAGCCAUAUCCAUUGUAAUAUUCGUAAAUCAGAUCAAAAACAAUUAUAAUAAAACGGUGCUUGGGUUCCCAAUGACUUGGUUUCCAAUAUUUCUCUUGUCU